CCCUGGGCUCGUCUACCGUGCUUCCGCGGUAGCUGUGCAAACAACCUCGGGCCGCGUCCAAGUUGAGUCUUCGGAGGUGCUGGCGGCGGACGCCACCGACGCACCAUGGCGUCUGCUGCUCUCGAGCUGACGCCGAGCUGGGUGAUGCUCCUCGGCGCCGCGCUGCUGCUGCUUCUGCCCGUAGCCUCUGCGCAGGAACCUCCGGGAGUGGGCUGUUCCCUGUACACAAACAGAUCCUGUGAAGAGUGCCUCAGGAAUGUCUCGUGUCUGUGGUGUAACGAGAACAAGGCAUGCUUGGACUACCCAGUGAGAAAAAUCUUGCCCCCUGCUUCUCUUUGUAAAUUGAGUUCUGCUCGCUGGGGCGUAUGCUGGGUGAACUUCGAGGCCUUGAUCAUCACCAUGUCAGUGCUUGGGGGCUCCGUGCUCCUGGCUAUCACUGUGUGCUGCUGCUGCUGCUGCCGCCGGAAGAAGAGCCGCAAGCCAGACAAGAGCGAUGAGCGGGCCAUCAGAGAGCAGGAGGAGAGGAGGGUGCGGCAGGAGGAGAGGAGAGCGGAGAUGAAAUCAAGACACGAUGAAAUCAGGAAAAAAUAUGGUCUGUUUAAAGAACAAAACCCAUAUGAGAAGUUCUAAAGCAGCUGGCAUAUAACUUGCGGCAGAUCUUGCAGUCCCAGAGUUUCCUGGGAGUGCCCUCCUGAGCAUAGCCUGCGGAGACCUUACCACUACAACCACCCAUGACCUGGGUCAUCCCUCCAGCUUCAGCACAGGCACCAGAGUGGCCUUGAGAGGACAAUCCUGCUCUUGUUCCCUCUAUCUCUGUAUGUAAUCCUUAUGGUGACGACCUUUUUGGGGGAGGAAAUGUACUCGGUCCCCACACUACAAAAGCCAGCAGCAGCCUGAGGCUGACUGGCUGAUGAGUGGCCUUGAUGCAAGAGUCACAUUGCAACAAAUGAAGUCAUAUUUACUUUAUGACAAGAAUUGACCCUCCAUCCUUGCUUUUCCCAAGGCUGUGCUGUGACUGCAAGCCUGUUUCUAUGACAUGUCAUUGUCCCCACAAUCUAGUGCCUAGCUAUAUCUAGUAAACAGGAGUGUAUGUAUGAAGUCACCUGAAGUCUUUAGUCCCUCAGGAAACAGUCUUACCAAAAACCUUUUAUGAAAAGUCCAGGCCUUUUUUUGGAUGACGUUUUUCAAUUGUCUUUAAUAGACCGAGAAUCUUUUCGCACAUGGGAAUUCUAAGUUGUGAAUUCAGGUUGAUACUCCUGUGAUUGCUAAGUCUUCUGCCUCAGGCUUCUCCAGCUGUGGUGAUGCAUGGAGUCACGUGUCCUCAGUCUUUUGUGCAGCUCUUGGACACCUCCCCUCUACCUGUCAGGCUGCCCAGUUGGUCCUGUGUGUGUGCAUCAUGAAGGAUGGACAGCUUGUCCACUGGCCAGCCUGAGCAGACAUACCCACCCACCUCCCUUCCCGCCCUGCUUCCCACCAUGGCUCAGCUCACUGUAUCUGACACAGCUUGUCACGGCACACGAGGGUCCCCAUGAUUCCUGAAAUCCAAGCUUGUCACUAGUAUCAUGAGCUUGGUGGCAGGGUAAGGAGGAAAGCUAUUCCCCCUGGGAAAACAGCCACCAGCAGAUGAGGUGACCUUUCUGCAGGCACCUUCAUGCCUGGACACCUCACCUAGCAGCUCGGUAACCCUUUCAACUCUGUCAGUCUGUCCAGGGAUUAACAUUUCUCCCCUCCAGUUUUCACAAACUGAGGGAAUGACCUUUACCACUCUGGAGUCUUACCAUUUUUCUGCCUUGUUAGGCCUUUGAUGUAAUUUAAAGCAUUGUCAAACAUUUCUUAAAGUAUUAUAGCAGCCAUUGAGAUUUCUACUGCCUGUUGAUAAGGAAUCCCCCUCACAGGCCUUGAUGAACUUUGUAUUAAUAUGUAGCAUAUAUAAAUCAUACCUUUUAGGUUGCUGAGCUGAUGUUAGAGUGACCAGCUGCUAAAUGCAGAGUAUUUAAUUCUCCGGUAUAGAAAUGCAGCAGGUGCUCACGGGACUGCCUGGUCUGGGCCCCACUCUGAGCAGCAUGAGGAGCAGCCACAGACCUACGCCUGAGACCGUGGCACCCAGUGCCUUACUUUUUAACCACUUUCCAAUAAAAUGGUUGGAUAUGGCUUUGAA